CCACACACUGGUUUUUCCUCCUGGCCCUGGGUCUAUUGGUAGUGCAACACAAGACCCUCUACAUUGCUUCACCCUCUUUUUUACCCAAUAAUUUCUUUGCUUUAUUUCGAAUAUUUACUCCUACUUAACCAGAUAGCCCAGUAUUUAUUUUCGUUAUUCUGUUCAUUUUUGGUUUAUGACUUGUGAGUGAGUAUUAGUCUUAGUUUUGGUUCUUGCUUUUUUUUUUUUUUUUUUUGGGUAAAAAUUAAUCUUGAUUGGAGUGUAGGGUUCUCGGUUCAUAGGUUUACAACUAAAAACCUUGCUUGAAUUUUCUGUAAAAUUUUUCUUACUUUGGAGGUUGAGAAAGUUGAUAUGGGGUCAAAGAUCAGAUUUUUCCAUCUUGGCAUGUGUGAUUCAUGUCAUGGAGUGCAUAAACAUUCAUAUACUCCAUGUAGUUGAAGUAGUUUUGUAUAUUGUGAUCUUGGCACUGGGGUUUGUUGUGUUUCCUAUGGGGGAUGGUGAUGAUAGCAAGAGGGAUUUAAGAGCUUCAAAAAUGGAGAAUCUUUCUUUGGAGAUUGCAACAAACAGAUUUUCUAAGGACUUGUUGCAGAGAUUUAUGGGUAGCAGUAGCGAAUAUGAGGAGGCGGUGAAAGACGAAGAUGAGGAGAUUGAGUUGAAUCUUGGGUUGUCAUUGGGGGGUAGAUUUGGUGUAGACAAGAGUUCUAAGAAGUUAGUAAGGUCAUCUUCUGUAGCAGAGUGUUCACCAGUGGUGAGAGAUGAUAAUGAUGCGGUGGCACCACCACCGGCUGCAUAUAACAGCCUUGUGAGGACCUCUUCAUUGCCAGUAGAGACGGAGGAGGAGUGGCGGAAGAGGAAGGAAUUGCAGACCUUGAGAAGAAUGGAGGCUAAGAGGAGGAGGUCAGAGAAGCAAAGGAUAUUGAAGGGUGAUAAAGAAGGCGGCUGCAGUGGUGGUGGAAAUGGUGGCAAUUUGAUUUUGGGGGAGAAGAGAGAAAUUGAGGUGAAUUUAAGGGCGAAAUUGGAUAGAGAAAAGUGUUUCGCAGCUGGGAACAGAUGGGCAGGGCCGCCAGUCCGUCUGUCUUCUUGGACUGCUGCUGCUGCUAGACAAGCCCUUCUUGGAGGAGGGAUUGAUGUAACAGUGCCAAAAGGGAAGAGUGGCGGUGGGACGAAAGGGUCUGGGCAACCGAUGUCUCAAGGGUCAUUGGAGUCACAAGGGGGGAGCUCUUCAAGCUUGUCUGAAUUGGACAGUAAACCUCUACAAGGUGGUGAUGAUCAGAGUCCUGUCAGCGUCCCGUCCUUGCAAGAUCGGGAAGUAGGCUCUUCCACGACAAAAGCAAGAGAAAAUACGGAGAGUCCAUCUAAGAGAUCUCAUAACACAAGAAAUCGAGGUAAAGAGAUGGGAACAAAUAUGAUGGAGGAUAUGCCAUGUGUGUUUACAAAAGGAGACGGCCCUAGUGGUAGAAGAGUGGACGGGAUACUAUACAAAUAUGGAAAAGGAGAAGAAGUGCGGAUAAUGUGUAUUUGCCAUGGAAGCUUCUUGUCACCAGCGGAGUUUGUCUUGCAUGCAGGAGGUAGUGAUGUGGAUCAACCUCUCAAGCAUAUUGUUGUGAACCCCAACUCUCUGUCCCUAUUGUAACGAGUGCCAACCUUGAAAAUCCAUGCUAAAAUAACGUUUUUCUUUUUUUUUUCCUAAUAAUUUUUUCUUUUUCAAAGGGAACUUGCAUGUAAUUAACUGAUGAACAUUUCUGAGGUAUCAAAAAAUUUGGAAAUUUUUUGAUUAUGUUUAGGAAAUGCAGGGAAAGAGCUACUGAUAUGGAGUUGAUUGAUUGUUUACGUGUUUAAUGCUGUACAUGAACUAUUUCUUCUGAUA